GAAUUGGCUUAUAAAGCACCUCCAGGUAUACUUCCCCAGAUGCUGUCUAACUCCCUGCAGGGUGAGUCACUGUGAUCCUUGGGCCAAAAAUAUGUCACUAAAAUAAUUUACAAACCUGAGGGAGGCAACAAAACUUCAGCAACGGAGCUGUAGAAAGAGGAAGAGUAACAAUGAAAAGGGCAGGAAAAGACUGUUGUUUUCUCUGAAAUUAGACUCUCAGGCAGCCCUUCCUCUCCAGAUAUGUACAACCCACAACUACACUACAACCAACAUGUUAAACCAGUCAGAUCUUUUUAGCUUUGGGUUAAGGCCAAUGAGGUUUAAAGUGUGCCUGACCCUCCAAAGGAGGCGGGAUUAGUAUGAACCUGACAGAAAGGUUAAACAAAAAUUCCUCAAAUGAAACUGAAAGUUUGUCAGAGCCACACUAGAGCUGACGUCGAGAUGAGUCUCUCUGUUCCUCUCUAAAAGAAAAUACAAGACUACAUCACUUCACUACUUUCUUCACAACAUAGCAGAGUCUCUGACAAACACUGUGUGUAGAUAUGGCUGCUGUGAACUAUCUGCGAUCUGAAGAUCAGUUUCUGUGCUCCAUCUGUCUGGAUGUGUUCACUGAUCCUGUCACCACAUCAUGUGGACACAACUUCUGCAAAAACUGCAUCAAUGAACACUGGAAUGUCAAUGUCCUGUGGCAUUGUCCCGUGUGUAAAAAUGUUUUUACCACAAAACCUGAACUGCACAUCAACACUUUCAUCUCUGAGAUGGUUGCUCAGUUCAGAGAGGAAGCUCAACAAAAAAUCAACAAAAGCAGCAGCUCAGAGCAAAAAGAUGCCAAACCUGGAGAAGUUCCCUGUGACGUCUGCACUGGAAACAAACAGAGGGCCCUGAAGUCCUGCCUGGUGUGUCUAACGUCCUAUUGUGAGACUCACCUGGAGCCUCAUCUGACAGUGUCAGGCCUGAAAAGACAUCAGCUGAUCGACCCUGUGGAGAACCUGGAAGGCAGGAUGUGUAUGAAGCACGAUAAACCUCUGGAGCUGUUCUGUAAGACCGACCAGACAUAUGUCUGCAUGCUCUGCCCUGUUUUAGACCACAAGACACAUGACUUUGUUCCUCUGAAGGAAGAAUAUGAAGAGAAGAAGGCCGAGCUGGGGAAGACAGAGGCUGAAAUUCAGCAGAUGAUCCAGAAGAGACGACUGAAGAUUCAGGAGAUCAAACGGUCAGUCAACGUCAGCAAGGAAAAUGCAGGGAUAGAGAUAGGAGAAGGUGUUCAGGUCUUCACAACUCUUAUGAGGUCUGUUGAGAGAGGCAUGAACGAGCUCAUUGAGAUGAUUGAAGAGAAGCAGAGAUUUACAGAGAAACAGGCCGAAGCUUUCAUCAAAAAGCUGGAACAGGAAAUCUCUGAGCUGAAGAAGAGACACACUGAGGUGGAGCAGCUCUCACGCUCUGAAGACCACCUCCACCUCCUCCAAAGCUUCCCAUCCCUGAAAGCUGCUCCAACAACCAAGGACUGGACAGAGGUCAGCAUCCAUCCACCAUCACACGAGGGGACUGUAAGGAGAGCUGUGGCUCAGCUGGAGGAGACGAUCAGUAAACAGAUGAAGAAACUGAUUGAGGCUGAACUGAAGAGAUUCCAACGCUAUGGCAAAAAUGUGACUCUUGAUCCUGACACAGCACAUCCCAAUCUCAUCCUGUCUGCAGAUGGGAAACAAGUGAAUCAUGUUGAUGUAAUGAAGAAUCUCCCAAACAACCCAGAGAGAUUUUCUCACUGUAUCUGUGUUUUAGGAAAGCAGAGUUUCUCUUCGGGCAGAUUUUAUUUUGAGGUUCAGGUUAAAGGAAAGACCGAAUGGGAUUUAGGAGUGUGCAGAAAGUCAAUCAACAGAAAAGAGAACAUCCCACUGAGUCCUGAGGAUGGUUACUGGACUGUAUAUUUAAGAAAUGGAAAUGAGUACAAAGCAUUUGGUCAUCCUGAUGGCUGUCUCUCUCUGAAGUCUCAGCCUCAGAAGGUGGGGGUGUUUGUGGAUUAUGAGGAGGGGCUGGUUUCCUUUUAUGACGUAGAUGCUGCAGCUCUUAUCUACUCUUUUAUUGGCUGCUCCUUCACUGAGAAACUCUACCUGUACUUUGGUCCUUGUCCUAAUGAUGGUGGUAAAAACUCCACCCCUCUGAUUCUCACGCCUAUCAAAUGAACUAAGUAGAUCAGUUAUUAAAUUUUGCAUGAAAGUGAUCAGAGUUAAGAGAACAAAUUCAUUGGUAAUGAUCAGUGUCUUUGUACAUUCUGAUUCUGAUCAAUUUGGUUAUUGCUUUUUGUUGUUAAAUCAUAUUUAUCGUCAAUGUAUCUCACUGUUACUCACUGCAGCAACAUGUAGGUUUCUCCAUGCUGAUUAAUUAACCUAUACAGGGAAGUGAGUUGAAAUGUCUAUAAAAUGACGGACAUUUAGAAUACUCCAACUGUAUGUGAAAGUGUAGAUCACAAAAUUAUGGGGUCCUGGGUUUGCAUAUUUUACUCAAUAAAACAAUGUGUUAGAAAAUGCAAACUAAAAAAUGUGUGUGCAAGACAAUAAUAAGAAAACUGUGGCAGUUUUAUGUCAAGAAAGUAACCCUUGUUGUAAUGUGUUUUUGUUAUGUAUAGUGAACACAAAUUAUUAAUUUUAUUGAACAAGACAUUGACUACUUGUCAAGGAAAUAUUAAAACAUUUUUUACACAAAGAAAUGGAAGUACUCAGCCUUUAAAUCUGAAGUAGCUUUAACUCAUGUUUACUAAAUUAUGUGUACUAGAAAAUCAGUUGUUGGCAAAAACACAGAAAAUUGUUGCAGUUUUAUGAAGAAAGCAAGAAAGCAAAACAUUUGUAUGUUCAGCAUAAUACUGCAACUGUUGUUGUAAUAUUGUGUUUUGUUACGUAAAGUGAACACUGUGUCUCUGUCUGAUAAAGCCACUGUACACUCAGCAGGAAACAGCUGACAGACACAGUCAUAAACUGAAUAAAGUGGAACAUUUAGCAGCUAAAGAGCCAGAUAUUUUUCUCAGGAGUUGGUGGAGAAAAAUAUCUGGGAUGAUUAUGUUGCUCUGCUUCUGCUGGAUGUGUAAAUAGGAAACUGUUUGCUAAUACAUCAGAAGUGUGUGUUCUUUUUUUGCCACACAGUGGCACUUUUAAGGUAGUUCCAGCAAAAAGAUCAACUGUGUUUAUUCCAUACAAAAUGACAAAAACUCAAGAUUAGAAACAGCUAAUCUCAGCUGCUGUUGCCAGGAACUGAGGAUUUCCAAUAUGGCUGCCAGAGAAAACAGAUAACUUGACAGCCCUCAUUAGAUAUGACAUAUGUAUUAAAUUUACACACAUAUAUAACAGUACUGCCUAUAUUUGAGAUAACCUCUGUUAUGAAUUGCCGCUAUAUAAAUAAAUUGAAUUGAAUUGAA